AUGGCGUCUACUCCGCUUCCGUUAAACUGCAAGACGACUCUGAAUGGAGUUGAGACCUGGAUACACCUGGUACCUUGCCCCACAACAACCACUUCGAAGCAGACAACAACAACAACCACCAGCACCACGACGACUACCACAUCACCAUCUUUUACUACUACAACUACGACUCAAUCGACUGCUACGACAUCUACAACUCCUACCCCAACCAAACCAGAUGGCACAACUGGCCUUCCUUCUGACUCUUCUACCAGUGUGAAGGAAACUUCUACUGCUGUCCCUAACCCAGAUUCCAGCCAUGCAUCUCUCUCUACAGGCGCCACCGCUGGAAUUGCAGUCGGAUGUGCUGCCGCUGGCCUCAUCAUUGGCCUUCUCGCCGCCCUUCUACUGUUCCGCCGUCGAAAAGGCAAAGGCGUCACCGACAUAAGUCACGCACCCAUUCUUGUGGAGUCUAAAGAGCCUCCAUCGAUUGAGAAUAUUGACGGAAUUGGAUCUGUUGCUGGUAUUCAGCUGGGCCAAUUUCUCCUUGAUGGAGCUCCUGACCAAGAAAUUGUCAGCGAGUUACAAGCUUUGAGCGAGCUCAUCCGCCACCAUGUGGAAGACUACUACACCCUCCAAACAGUGGAUGCCAGUGUCGGCACAUUGUCGCAAUCGCUCCAAAAUCUGGGAUUGGGAUCAAGUGGCUCGGGAUUGACUGCAGAGGCAAUCGCUACUUUAUGUACCAACAGCUAUUCUCGUCAAAUCGGCCUGCGCCACGUUAUUUCGAACGUCAUUUUUGCAAGUAUCGACUUUCACACUCGCAGCAAUUUGUCAAUGCUUCCUGUGCCAGCCGCUGGGUUGCUGCAGUCUAUUCCCGGACCUGAAUAUGGCGUUAACAACAAUCUGGCAUUCUCCCAAGCUCUUCAGACAUGGCGUCGCCUGUCCGCUUUCCUCCUCCAUCAAAAUCGCAGCCAACGAACCUCUUUGCAAGUGGACGCCUUUACGAUUGCUCCUCAAGCUCAAUUGGUUACCAACUCUCUCAACAAUUUCUUGAACGCCUUUGUUAUUCCAGGACAGAAUGGUCAGCAGGCAAGCCACCUCCAAGAGGUUGCGAUUGAAUGCGCAAAGCUUGGCUACGUGCUGUUCUCUCACCCGGUGGAUUGGAAGUUUAUUUUUGAAGAGCCUGGUAUUAGAGCAGCUGAUGCAUCUGCCGUAGUAAUUUGCCCUGGCUUAGAAAAGUGUAGCGACCGUGAUGGAAAUCCUCUUCGGCCCCCACGACGAGUUGCAGCCCCGGUUGAGGCAACCCUCUGA